CAAGAGUUUUUUUUUGUUGGGUGUAGCAAGAUGGAUCGCAUGUUGACAGCACGGAUCUCAGCUCAGGCAGCUGUCGGAAGUGACGCCACCCACCCCCGGAAGCUUCUCUUUCCUUGGUGUUAUGGCUCCUCCGUUGUCCCGGUGCUGCCCGGUGUGAUCCAAACAUGGAAGAAUUGCAUCGGGAAACCCUGGAGCCACGAGGGGCUCCCGCUACUCUGAAUAUCCCCAGCCCCAGGAGCGGCCCUCCUAGCCCUGGACUCGCCUGCUCCGGCUCCCGUUCUCCUCGCAGCCCAGGACCCCAGGAAUCUUCAGGUCGAACAGGAAGCAAAUGGGUCCGGUUGAAUGUUGGCGGCACGUACUUCCUGAGCACCAAGCAGACCCUUUGUCGGGAUCCCAAAUCCUUCUUAUACCGCCUGUGCCAGGAGGACCCGGACCUGGAUUCGGACAAGGAUGAGACGGGGGCAUAUCUCAUUGAUCGAGACCCCACCUACUUUGGGCCCAUCCUGAAUUAUCUCCGGCAUGGGAAGUUGAUCCUUAAUAAAGAGCUAGCAGAGGAAGGUGUCCUAGAGGAAGCAGAGUUUUAUAACAUUGCCUCUCUGGUCCGGUUAGUUAAGGAGCGGAUCCGAGAUAAUGAGAAUAGAACUUCGCAGGGUCCUGUGAAACACGUGUACAGAGUAUUACAAUGUCAAGAGGAGGAGCUUACACAGAUGGUGUCGACCAUGUCCGAUGGAUGGAAAUUUGAGCAGCUCAUAAGUAUUGGAUCUUCCUACAACUAUGGAAAUGAGGACCAGGCAGAGUUCCUGUGCGUGGUGUCCCGGGAGCUCAACAACUCCACUAACGGCCUGGUCAUUGAGCCCAGUGAGAAGGCUAAGAUACUUCAGGAGCGCGGAUCCCGCAUGUGAGAAGAUGUUGGGAAUGUGAUCCAAGGCUGGGUCAAACCCACAGGCUUUUCACCAAAGCCCUCAGUGACUGUGGAAUUUAAGCGCUGUAUUGCUUUGUUUCCCCACUCCCUCUGCAGGCCUUAAUGUCCCUCGUGCUGAAGGGAAGCAAAGUGUGUGUAUGUGUGUAGUAAAGAGGACUAUGCCCUGUCACUGUUACCUCACCCCUAUGGGCUUGUGCUGUUUUUGUUGUUAGGUUGUGUACGUAUAAUGUCCGAUAUGGGGAGUUAAUAAUGAAUUGAGGGCUGUUCCCUUCUAGGGUUGGGGUUUGCUGUGUUCCUCUCUGUAAUGUUCUUUAUGUGGAGCCUGUCCUAAGGAAGGAAACAAACCCUGCUCUACUGUCAGAACCUGGAAAGGAUUUCAGAGCCUCAAUGGAGAAACUCUGGACAUUCCCUGGAAUAUAUUUUAUAUUUUUGACAGUUGCCAAACAUCUUGCUUUGUUUUCUGUUCAAAGUGCUAUGUCCUGAGCUGUCCUUUCAUACUAAGUCGGGGGAUAAAUAUUUUCUAAUAGCCUUGUGCACUGGCCUAUAACGACCUCAGUCUGUGUUGUGGGGAUCACAAACUGUAAACUGAACCCUGUAAAGGCAAAAAAUGCUGCCUACUUCAUUAUGUUUUCUGUGAAGAUUGCACAAAGCAGCACCCUGGAUAUUUGCAUGCUUACCCAUCCUUGCACCCUGUUCUGUUUUGGAGGCAGUUUUACCUUUUUUGGUUGCCUAUUCCCAUCCAUUAAAUCAAUGUAUGUGGGACGCACUGUUCAUUGCAAGGCUACGGUGAGGACCUCUUUUAUAUUGUCAUCCUAUGGGAGGAAUAUUAACAGUCUUCCCACUAAAGUUGUCUAUUGCCAAAGCUAAUGUGAAUUAUAUUGCGAAUGCCUGAUUGGAAUACCCCACAGUUACCAGCUCGUUGACUGUAUAGUAUAAACUAUUAAUUAGACUUCAUGGCAAUGCCUACCCCUACUGUGUAAUUAAAUUAUUUGUAAUGUGUCUUUAAAUUGCAUGAGCAUAUUAGAAUCAGAAAAAGAUGCCUUUGGAAGCAACUGAACAGGAGCGAUAGACAACUAAGCAAGUGGCUGUGCUGUUAGAGAUGUGUGAACAUUUGUCUCUGAUUGUAAAACUUCUGCAAUCCUUGGCCAUCCUGAAUUUUCAGAUCUUUAUUCCACUGGUCAGAGCUACAGCAAUCCCUGUGGUUGUUCCCCCUCUGAAGUCCCAUCUAGUGCAUUCCAAACUGUUCCUAUGCAGUUUCCUCAUAUUUGCCUGUAUUAAAUAUAAUAUCUUAUAUA